AUGUCUGCUCAAGUCUCUAUGCCACAGCCGACACGCACGUUGCAAGGCGGGGCACUAUACCCCAUACCCGAACAGGACUCGAAGCCACCAGAGAUUGCCGAAUUCGGGGACGAGUCACCGUCGACGUCUUAUCCACAGACUGCACUGUCACAAGCAUUCGAUCACGGAGCCGAAAUCAAAGAUACAAAUCGGAAUUCACCCUCUAACGGGCAUCUGGUGUGUCGUCAGAAAGCUAUCAAGGAGCUCCUUGAUACCGAGACGACCUUCACAAGGGAUAUGAGGGUCGUACUGUGGGUUUACAAAGCGACCGCCAACAGUUGCCGAGUUCUAGACGACCAACAAAUCUCUAUAAUCUUCCGCAAUAUCGAUGAUAUUGCUGCAAUACACAUCGCCUUCCUAUCAGAACUCAAAGCGUCAGUGGCCAAUAUCUACAGCCCAGACCCAGACCAGCCGCCAAUGCUCCUGAGCGAUGAUCUUGCGGCUAUAUCCGAUCGCGACCUUGGAUCAGAGCCUAGUGAAGCCGAAGACAGCGCCACCGUUGUAGGCUCUGUCUUCAGGUCGUAUAUCGACAAAAUCACUAGGGUAGCUGAAGAGUUUUUAGACCAAAGUGAUCAAAUCGCAGAGCACCUAGAGUUUAUCCAGCAAGAUCGAAGAGUGGUGUUUUGGUUGGAAGAAUGUCGAAUAGCCUCAAGCCGACUCACCCGUGCUUGGAACUUAGACUCCCUUCUAAUUAAGCCUACACAAAGGGUCACGAGAUAUCCAUUACUCCUUUCAAAUAUAUUAAAAUAUACACCUGUAGGUCAUCCGGAUUACAGAGAUCUUAUCAAAGCUAAAGAGCUUCUGUUAACGUCUUUGACCCGGAUCAAUGUCAAGGCAGAAGGUCCCCAUCCGAGCCUGUUGACUAUGCCGGACGACCACAAUACGCUCGGCACCACACCUGGCCCAAAGAUCUUUAUCAAAUCAGUCAAUAAGAUCAAAAUGUGGAGUCACAACCUGGCAGAGACUGUGCUGCAGACAAAACAAACAAAGAAGUCCAGCAGUACACUGAACAGCCACAACGACACGUUAGAAGUAUCUACUCCCAAGAGCGCACCUGAUACCAGCCCCAAAAACCUCUUCAGCCCACCCUCGGGAGGUUGCAAACUCUUUCUCAGCCCACAGUGGUUGCAAUCAGCUCCUAACCUGCUCAAGGGGCCGUCAUUAUCGACAAUAUACGCUUCCCAUGCUGAUAUAGAUGAUGGAGGCUAG